AUCUUGCGCGGAGCGGAGCCGGAGUCGGAUCCUCAGGCCGCUGCUGGGGGUGCGCGCGAGCCCGCGGCCCUGCCGUAGCCCUCCCCUGCAGCCUCCCCGCUCCCGACCCCGUGCCCGGCCCCGACCCGGCCCCUUGGCCCUCAGCCCGGCUUGGUCCGGCCUCCCCGCGGGGUCACGAGGCCGCCCCGGGGACGAUGAACGGAGGAUAAAUGGUGCCCAAGGCAGACAGCGGUGCCUUCCUGCUGCUCUUCCUGCUCGUGCUCACCGUCACCGAGCCGCUGCGGCCAGAGCUGCGGUGCAACCCUGGGCAGUUUGCCUGUCGCAGUGGCGCCAUCCAGUGCAUCCCCCUCCCCUGGCAGUGUGACGGCUGGGUGACUUGUGAGGAUGAGAGCGAUGAAGCCGACUGUCCAGAAGUAACUGGAGAGACUCGUCCUUACCAUGGGAAGGAUGCUACGGAUCCAAGGCAGAGACGGGCCCAGGGUGGCGACCCCAUGCAUUUCCACUCGGUGAAUAUGGCGCAGCCUGUCCGCUUUAGCAGGAAGUGCCCGACAGGGUGGCACCACUAUGAGGGCACCGCCAGCUGCUACCGGGUCUACCUGAGCGGAGAGAAUUUCUGGGACGCCGCGCAGACUUGCCAGCGUGUGAAUGGCUCCCUCGCCACCUUUUCCACUGACCAGGAGCUGCGUUUUGUCCUGGCGCAGGAAUGGGACCAACCAGAGCUGAGCUUCACUUGGCAGGACCAACACAAGUUGUGGGUUGGCUAUCAGUAUGUUGUCACUGGCCGAAACCACUCCUUAGAAGGUCACUGGGAGGUAGCAUUCAAAGGUUCUUCAGAGGUGUUCCUGCCCCCAGACCCCAUCUUUGCCUCGGCCAUGUCUGAAAGCGACAGCAUGUUCUGUGCCCAGCUGCAGUGCUUUCACUUCCCCACUCUCCGCCACCAUGACCUGCACAGCUGGCAUGCCGAGAACUGCUACAAGAAGUCUUCAUUUCUGUGUAAAAGAAGUCAAACAUGUGUGGACAUCAAGGACAAUGUGGUGGAUGAAGGGUUCUACUUCACCCCUAAGGGAGAUGACCCGUGCCUGAGCUGUACCUGCCAUGGAGGGGAGCCUGAGAUGUGUGUGGCUGCCCUCUGCGAGCGACCCCAAGGAUGUCAGCAAUACCGCAAGGACCCCAAGGAAUGCUGCAAGUUCAUGUGCCUGGACCCAGAUGGCAACAGCCUGUUUGACUCCAUGGCCAGUGGGAUGCGUCUGAUCGUUAGCUGCAUCUCCUCUUUCCUCAUCCUGUCACUGCUCCUUUUCAUGGUCCACCGGCUGCGCCAGAGGCGCCGGGAACGCAUCGAGUCCCUGAUCGGGGCAAACUUGCACCACUUCAACCUGGGCCGGAGGAUUCCUGGCUUUGAUUACGGUCCAGAUGGGUUUGGCACAGGCCUCACACCGCUACAUCUUUCUGAUGAUGGAGAAGGUGGAACCUUUCACUUCCAUGACCCUCCGCCUCCAUACACUGCUUACAAGUACCCAGAUCUCGACCAGCCUGAUGACCCGCCACCACCCUAUGAGGCCUCCAUCAACCCGGACAGCGUGUUCUAUGACCCUGCAGAUGAUGAUGCCUUUGAGCCAGCAGAGGCCAGCCCACCAGCUACAGGGGAUGGUGGAGGUGAAGAUGCAUUGCCCCAGCACCUGGAGCAGUCUCUGCCCCCAGGGACAUCUCUGGCAGACCUGGAAGACUCGACUGACAGCAGCAGCGCCCUGCUUGUACCCCCUGACCCAACCCAGAGUGGGAACACGCCAGCCACAGAGGUGCUGCCAGGGGGCAGCCGCCAUAGCCGCAAUCCCCUCAACACCAUGGUAUAAAGAUGGCCUGGCCUGCAGCCCCCUGGGUGGGGAGCACCUGUCUGCUGUUUACAAGACACUGAUUCCACACGAGAGACUUGAGGGCCCCUGAAAGAGCCUGGACCCAGCUGCAUUGCUGCCCUCCCACCCACAGUGGUAACAGUACACCUGCUUGUCUCCCAAGCGAGUGAACACCUGCACGAAGUCUCCUUGAGGGCUUCAAAAACAUACAGAGCUUGGGUCACACUGUCUUUUACUUUUUAAAUGGCAGAGUGACUAAGUUUAUUCAGACCACACGUUUCAAAAGUAGGGAACAAAGGAGGCACUGUGGGCACAGGCAGGGGCUUUGGUGGGCUGCUCACUGAAGUACACCCUCCGGAAGGGCCUGCUGACCAGUCACUGAGCCCAGGGCUACUGGAGUGCGGGCUGCCGUGGGGUGCUUCACUGGCCCCUGCACAGGAGGGCUGCUGCCAGUGCUGGAUUGUGUGUGCACUGUCAGUAUUUUCUGGGCCAUGGGUCUCUUCCCGUGGCUGCUCUGGGGAUGGCCCCCACAGGUCCAGCUGUGAACAUUCAGGGUGACCCUUCCUGGACUGGGGGCUGUGGCUGUGGUACCAGACAUCCAGCUCUGAUGCAGGUCAGAAGGAGGUUGAACUCUAUACUCCAUCUUUCCAGCUGGACUCUGCAAAGCCCAGUUCUGUGCUAGGAGACCUGGCCCCACCCCAUCCACUUUCUCCCCAGCAUUGCUGUGCAUGGCUCCCCCAGAGACAACUGGAGUUGGGCUGGGGCCCUUGGCCAGGCAUGCGUGUCCUGGCCCUGGACUGUCUGCUGGGGCUCUGGGGACUGUGUUGUCUCCUGUCUGCUACACUCUACAGCCCACCUCCUGUUGAGCUUGCCCUGGGCCUGGCCUGCCCCCUCCCCACUUUGUGCCAUAAGGAUUGUUUCUUGGGGGGGGGGAGGGGUAGCUGAAAUUAUCCUCCUGGGCUGUGUCCAUCCCCUGAAAGUCCACUUCUUGCACACCACCGCCACCGUUGGAGCCACUUGCUGGAGGCCGCAUGCUCCUUCCUGUCCUCCCCAGCAGCUUGGGGGUGCUGGAUAUCCUGCCCCGGGGCCUUUUGAUUGAGGGACCCUGUUGCCUGCUCCUGGGCAGAGGUCUUAUCUCCUGACACAGGGCUUUUAGCAUUUCUGAGGUUUGGAGAUUACGCAGGUUCUGUGCGAUUUUUAGCACAUUCGUAUCUUUUCUACGUUGAAUGUCUGCAUCUUUUGUGUGUCUGUGUUUGUAUGUAUGUGUCCAGUGUUUGCAGGUGAUGGUGGUGCACAGGAACUUGGAUGCAGGAACUCGGCUAUGGGGCUCCACUGUCCUGGGUCAGCUAUGGCACUAAGGCGAGGCCAGGUCUGUGCUUCUGCAGAGCCCAGUGGCUUUUCCAGACCAGAUGCAGUGAGGGGAGAGCUGACUUGACAUGGGUGUUCUGUGCUGCUCUGUGGUAACAGAGCUCAUUCAGUUCUAAGUGAGUUCUCACAUUCUGGUUGGAAACCCAUUUUGUUCUUCCGGUAUGGAGUAAGAUUCUUGAAUUGCCCCAGCAGACGUGACUUUCAUCCCCAAAACUGGCCGGAGGUGAGUUUUGUCAUUUAACUGCCUCUGGGCCUAAUAAUCAUGGGAGCCAGAGUGCUAUGGGGCUGCCCAUGCCUAGCAGGCCACACACUCUUUGCUGAAGUGACACUCCUUUAAAAAUGGCAUCCUGGGCAUGUGUGCUCCGUGUUGGCUACUGAAAACAAAGUGGGAGGCAUGUUGAGCCUCCAGGGUGCUGGGUGCAGGGCAGCUAAGUUCUGAAGCAGCCACUAGAGGCUUUGUUGGUGCCAGGGCAGGGUCCCAAGUGUGCCUGCUUUGGAGUAUCCACCCCGGGGGAGCUUCAGCGGGGUCUGUCCCUGAUAGUCCAGGGUCCGUCCUAGCUCCCUUUCCUCUGCCCCAGGCUUCAGAACUGUGAGUACAGGACAGGGCAGCUGGCACCAAAUGUGUGGGAUGGGGGUUGACUUCCUUGGGGACUGAAGGACUGCAGGGACAGUGAGGUGUGUGGAAGGCACUGAAGGAGGCAUGACCUGCAGCAGGCAGAGGAUGGGGCUGCUUCUGGAGACUGGGUGUCUGUCCAGGGCCUCUCAGCUGACUCCCUUGGGCUGCGCAGAAGUGCUGUGUACCGCACCGCUCCACACCCUCACUUGCUGCUUGGGACCUGAGCUCUGCUGGAGGGUGAUUGUGACAGGAAAACUGGAGAGACUCUAGCUGUCCUCAGCCUCCAGUCCAGACACCCUCUUUGUAAGAUCUGAUUGUGCUCCACGGUCUGAUGAGAAUCCAGAGGCCAGCCCUGGCUGAGCCUUGUGCCCUUGUGAGAGACUGGGCCCUGCGCACUCCAUGCACACUAGGCCCCGGACCUGCCUGGGGGGCGGGGGGAGUAAAUACUGUGCAUUGUCUCAAUGCCUGUUUGUUACGUUUUCACUAAGGGUUUUUAGUUUGGGUUUAUUUUUGGUUGGGUUGGCACUAAUCUUUUUCUUAAGAUGCUGUGAGAACCAUUUCAUCCAAAUGCCAAAUAAACUUGUGUUCUGGAAGAGGUGUGCAGAUUCCUUGGUGUGACCAAAGCAGGAGUGGGAGGCUCCAGCCAAGUUGGGGCCAGGUCACAAAUGGGUGGACUGAGUAGUGGUACCAUCCAUCUGUGGAAGCCAGAGGCAGCUGAGGGGCUCUGAGAAAAGUCCCCUAUUCUCCAGCAGUUGUCCUUCCCAGUCUCCCACUUUGUGAUGCUGAAGGAUUCAGCCUUGGGUGGGCCUCAGCUUUGCCUUCUUAACCCAUCCUCCUGGCCAGUGUGCUCCACCGCCAGAUCACCAAGGACUGUGGCUAGGAAAGGAAUUAGUGAGUCCCUUGGCAGGACUAGGAACUUUAAGGAGGUGGCCCCUCAUCUCUAAACACAUCUGCUGAACAGUGGUGCCGGUUGCCUUGAGUGAGUUCAGCACCAGGGACAGUGCUCCACAGGUUAGAGGCUGUCUCCCUCAAGGUUGAAAGAGCCUUGGCACUCACUUGCGAUUUAAGUAAAGCUGAUACAGAUGUACCCGUAUUGCAGUUUCCAAAACCUGCCUGCCCAGUUGUGCUUACUUAAAGUGUGUGGAUACAGAGUCCUUUCCAGACAGAGUACUUUUUCUCCUGGCCACUCUUAAGGGGUGGAGAAGCAGAGCACAUGGACUCAGACCACAGCCUAAAGUCUGCUGCUGUGAAGAGGGGUGGCCUAGGGCAGGGCUCCUCUCACACUGGCUGGGUGGUGGGAGGCACAAAUAGGAGGGAGGCUAUGAUCUUGAAGGCCCAAGACCCACCUUCACUGAGCCUUCCCCACUGCAGUCUACAAAUCAAGGACACUAGAAUCCAGGGUGCCUUCCCUCUUGAACGUCCAUCCUUGCAGGUGGCUUCACAGCCCUUCCUGGGCCCCAGCCUUUGUUUCAUAGUCUCAAGUCAUAAAACCGGCCCCUAGGCUUAUUUGAGGGUAUCUGUAAAGCGUCACACUUAGGUAAAUGCUGGUGGUUGUUGCAGCCACAGCCACAUUGCGGCCCUGGGUUUGUGAUCUAGAGUUGGCAACUCCACCUUCCCUGUUCCAGACCUUUACUGGGCACUGCCCCCUAGUGGUGGCCAGCCCUAGAGCCCACAGGUCCUGGGUUCUUAGCCCUGCCCAGCCCUCACUAAGAGGUAAACAGCAGCCUUGCUGGCCACCUUGCCCACCACCCUUUCCACUCCUCCCCAGCUGCAGCCACUGCUGCACCAUGUUUCUCGAGGCUGGCACUCGCCUUCGCUGUGCCGCUCGUGACGUGUGGCCCCAAAGAGUAAGCACCAAGACUGCCCAUCUGAGCUCAAACCCACCCUCUCUGGCCAUUCCCCCUUAAGUCCUGCCACUGAGGGUUUCUGUGGGGGAGGAGAUACUGGGGUUAUAGCUAUAGGGGAGAGGGAUCUGUGCUGGACUCAGCCCACUGCCCACUAUCCUCAGGCGCUUACUGCUGCUACUUGGCCAGACUCAAAGUGAGGUGAGGACAAUGUCAGGGUGCAUGGACUCAGUGUGUUUCCCAUGGUCACCAGACAGUGCUGCAAGUGUGCCCAGAAGGAGGUCUACACACCAUGCUUCUCUGCAGAGGAGGCACAGAAUGGGCUGCAGUGAUGGGUACUAGGCAGCACACAUGUGACUGCCCUCUAAGGCAUGUCAGGAUCCAUGACUACUGUGACCUCCAGUCCUGCUAUGUGUACCAACCUGCUUGAAUCAGGCUGGGCCUCUAAGCCUGUCAGUGUAGCUGGCCCAUGUGUGAGCAGGUCCUAGAGGUCCCCAGCUGGGUGGGUAACUGCCAGGGAACAGAUCCUUCCACCCUACUUCCCUCUUGGGCGGUCUGCAGGUGACUAUGUCAGAGUGUGACCUGUGUGGUACCUGCCUUUGUGAUAGUGUUGCAAGCAUUGUGACCAGGCCAGGUUGGGGAGGGAGAGCAUUGCCAGUGGUGAUCUGUCCAGGUGUUGGGGCGGGGGGUAGGGGGUAGGAUUUUCUGAGUCUGGGCUCUUCUCUGACUAUGUGUGAGAGGGAGGGGCCCCCUUCCUCUCUGUAUCCUCAAGUCCACCCUACAGAUCCCAGACUCACCUACUGGAAGGAGAUGGCCCUUGCCUGUGGGGUUUCAGCCCAGACCCAUAUCAACACCCACCUUUCCCUGGUCCAGUGGCACCCUGCUGUGGACACCUCCUCCCAGGCUAUGACUCAGCACCUCCAGGUCCAUGGGCCCUGGAGAAUGAUGGCUCUAAGGGUCAGUAAUCUGGAGUCAGGACUCCCCACAGAUAGGGACAGUUACCCCCUGAAGGAGGUAGGAACACACACAGGGUUUAGAGCCUCCCACUGGAGAUGAGAUGACAUACAGGGGUCAACAUACAGGACUCACUCAGGGGGUCAGGAACCUCCACAAUGUCAUUGACCCUCACGGUGGGUUAAGAACUUCUACAUAAGGAUCAGACCCAUGUACGAAUCAAAAUCUCCCCAAGUGACUCAACACAGUGAUCAAGAUACCCGCAACAGGGGCCAGGAAUCCUAUUAAUGGCCUCCAUCACCCCAGAGUUGGCCAGAAAUCAACUAUCUCACAUCAGCAGGACCCGCAGAGUAGUCAUAACCCCCACAGUCACACAGGGGUGGCAGUCAGAACUCAGCAGCACGCCCUGUGGCCUAACAGCAAGAGGUGGGUGGAUGGGGGAGAUCAAGGGUGUCAUGCUCUCACCUUAAGUGCUGCCCCUACAAGGACACUGGCCCACAGAGCUACUUAGAGACAUGGGACACAGGGCUGCCCCUGCCUACUGGGCACUGCAGCUAUACUUGCAUCGGGGAGGAUCCGGGGAAGAGGCUUAGGGCACAACACAGCUGGCACAACCACCCCACGGAGGUGGGCUCUGGUGUGGGGUAGAGGGGAAUGCCCCAUGAAGGCUAGGGGCAAGGGAGCUGGACACCUCCCUAAGUCUAUGCCUCCCCACAGACAUGUGGUCCACAUGACAUGUCCCAGGGCCUGGGGGGGUACACAAGGUCACCCUGGUGGACUGACAGUGCUGGCCACGCUGUUGACAGGAGUGCCACAUGCCACAGCCUCUGCAGCACAAGUUCGAUCCCCUGGCCGGCCAGGGAGCAACCCACAUGGUGUAGCAGACCGCUCCUGCCUCGCCCACUGCUCCUCUCAGCAGUGUACUUUGGCCAAUCUGCCUGUUCUUUUCCCUACUCUGUCUCUGGUGAAUCCUUUCACCCCCCACACCUCUGGCCUGUACCCCAGCUCUUGUA